AUGAGUUUGGUCUGUGAGCUGACACCGCAAAGUGUGAUGUUGGGUAUGCUAAAGAUCAAUAAUGAUCUUCUUAAUAACAUUAAUAAGAGUCAGAUGUUGGAUGUGAAGCUGGUGGACUUGAUGGUUGGAAGCAAUCAUACUAAAAGUAAUUAUUUCAAAGUGGAUGAACAAGGUGUGUUGAGGUUCAGAGAUAGAACUUGGAUUCCUGAUAAAGUUAAGUUGAAGAAGAUGAUUUUAGAAGAAAGUCAUCGAAGUAGCUUGAGUAUUCAUCUAGGAGCUACUAAUAUGUAUCAAGAUCUGAAGAAGAUCUUUUGGUGGUCUAUAAUGAAGCGAGAUAUGACUCAGUUUGUUUAUGCUUGUUUGACUUGUCAUAAGUCAAAGGUUGAACAUCAUAAACCUGCAGGGUUGAUGCAACCAUUGGAUAUUCCAGAAUGGAAAUGGGAUAUCAUUUCUACAAAUUUUUUGAUGGGGGUGUCGAAUACUCUGAGAGGGCAUGAUGCCAUUUGGACAAAGAGGACCGUUCAGUCAUUAGAGGACUUGUUUAGAGCUUAUGUUCUCGAGCAAAGAGGUGCUUGGGAAAGUCAUUUGUCAUUGAUUGAGUUCACAUAUAAUAACGGUUUCCAUUCUAGUAUUGGAAUGACACCUUUUGAAGCCUUGUAUGGUCGAAGGUGCAAGACACCUUCGUGUUGGCAUGAAUCUGGUGAGAGUGUAGUGCUUGGACCUGAGAUUGUCCAACAAACUACUAAGAAGGUGAAGCUUGUUCGGGAGGAGGUGAAAGAUUCGCAAAAUACCCAGAAAAGCUACCAUAAUAAGAGGAGAAAGGAUCUUGAGUUUCAAGAGGGAGACCAUGUAUUUUUUAGAGUCACUCCGGUGACCGGUGUAGGACAUGUUUUCAAGUUAAAAAAGCUUACUCCCCGACUUAUUGGUCCGUAUCAGAUAUUCAGGCUAGUUGGACCCGUUGCUUAUAGAGUGAUGUUCCCACAGAAUUUGUCAAAUCUACAUGAUAUGUUUCAUGUUUCACAACUUCGGAGGUAUGUUCCGGAUCCGUCACAUGUGGUUCUGAUGGAUGAUGUUCAGGUGAGGAAUAACCUUACAAUUGAGGCUUUGCCUAUAAGGAUUGAUGAUCAAGAACUGAAACAAUUGAGAGGUAAAGAGAUUACUCUCGUGAAGGUAGUGUGGGGAGGCGCUUUCGGAGGAAAGGUGACUUGGGAGUUGGAAAGCAAGAAGCGAGAAUCGUAUCCAAAGUUAUUCGCAUUAAUAUGUCGAAUUUUGAGAUUGGAGGUUUUUACGAAUCGAAAUCGAAGGUCUGGAAAGCCUCAAAUGAUGGAAAAACACAAAAUCUGCAUUUUGAAGGUCCAUGGCGGAUGCCAUGAAGCCCCUGGCCCCGUCGCAGCUAGGCGGAUUUGGGUUCCAACAUAG